UCACCGGGGCGCGCCCGGGACUCGACCCCACCUUCGGUAGCCAUGGCAACCCGUAAAAUCCGCGAGAAAGCCGCGAGGCUUCGGGGUGGUGGGGGCCAGGUCGAUGUCAGGGGUCGUCUUAGUCGGCAGUCGGUCUCUGGUCGGCCCCAAGAAUAGUCGUCGUAUCGAGGCGGUAGUCGAGUAUCACCUCUCUGUUCUCUCCUCCUCCUCCACCACCUCCUACUACUACUACUACUACUACACACUACUACACACUGUACACUCUCUUUGCUAUCAUAUAUACUGUUACUACUCACACUACUACUGCUACUACUCUACUGCUACUACUACUACUACUACUACUACUACUACUACUAUUACUACUACUACUCUAUCACUACUACGUUGCUCUCUCUUCACGAAACGCACGUAGUGGCAGCGUGUGCUCUUGGAUCGUGUGCGCGCGCGCAUCUACUGCUAUCUCUCUUUCUCUCUCUCUUUCUCUCUCUCUCUUUCUCUCUUACUCUCUUCUUCCUUUUCUUCUUUCGCUAUCGCUAUUACUUACUUACUACUCUACUACUACUACUACUACUACUACUACUACUACUACUACUACUACUACUACUACUACUACCAUUAUCGUAGUACUUCCUUCUUAUAUACGUCAUUCUGUCCUUUUCUAUCCACUUAUCUCUUUCUCUUUUUUUUUUCUCUUUUUUCUUUCUUCCUUUCUUUCUUUCUUUCUUUCUCUUUCCCGCGCGCGUGCCUCCGUGCCGCGUCAGGCGAACGCAUAAGCUCCGCCGAGGACGACGUGCCGUGGUGGACGCGACGAUCGUCGAGUCGCGCGCGCGCUUUUCGCUCGAGAAGAGAAGAGAGGUGCCCGCGAGGCACCACCGUGUGACAAGAAGCGCCGUUUACGUGUGCCGAGAAAGAGAGAAAGAGAGAGAGAGAGAGAGAGAGAGAGAGAGAGGGAGAGAGAGAGUGUGCGAAUUCCAUAAAAGAAAGAGAAUCGAUCGAUCGUCUGGUAACGUUCCCGACGCGUGUUCUUCGGGGGGGUGUCAGAAAGAGUGAGCAAGUGCAUUGGUUUCUUUUCUUUUUUUUUUCUCCCUUUCUUUCACCUUUCGCGAAAUGUCAACCGAACGUUCGUCGAUUACGGUUUAUAGCAGAGGAAGAGGGAUCUUUCGUGUCGGUUGUUGGACCCUCUAAAGUAUAGACGCAAGUUGCGUUUCAUUCGUUGGAGAACGUUCGGAUUUGUUUGGUACCAGGUUGGUACCGGCGGUGAUCAAGAGUGUCGUCUCGAGAUUUAAUGGAUUAUCGCGUUUAAUUCGACGAUAUAUACACAAGCACAUAUAUAUAUAUACAUAUAUAUAUAUACAUAUAUAAAACUAACUGAGUGAAAAUAAAAGUAAAAAGGAUAAAAGACAAGGAAGAAAAAGAAAGAAGAAGGAAGAGAAAAAGAAGAAGAAAAAGAAGAAGAAGAAGAAAGAGGAGGAGGAGGAGGGGAAGGAGGAAGUAGUAGUAAAGAGUGAGCGAUUUAAUAGGACAAGUGCAUCUUAGAGGAAAAGACACGUACCUCGAGAGAAGCGAGAGACUCCUCGCGAUCGGCGCGAGUCGAGUCGAAUCGGAGGGCUCGGUGGUGGCGUACGAAGAGGAGGAAGGAGCCGUCAGGGUGGUUCGAGGGGGGACAGGAGGCGCGGACGCCCUGGCGACUGCCGGGGUGGUUUACCCGGCCGCGACGGCGACGUUGUUCCCCGGCCGGGUGCCGGCAGGACACCACCACCACCACCCCGAGUUCACCAGCACGUUGGAGCUGGGGUUCCCGGCGCGCGGCACCACCGCCUCGAUGGCGCUGGUAGCCCCGCCGCCCUCCUGGGCAUCGCGGGACCCUGGAGCUAGCCUCGGGGCCGGUGGUGGGCCCACACCAGCCGCGGCACCAGCUGCCACGGCCGGCGGCGGCGGACCACUUCAGGUUGGCCCGCCGCCGCCCAUGCCUCCUACUACGCAUUUAACACCCUCGGCUACGCCCGAAGAUAUCACGUGCCUCGUACCCACCGGUGCGGUUUUGACACCGAGAGAUCCUCUUCCACCUAGCACCACGCCCGGAAGUCAAGCCAACAGCUCGCAAUCCGGUAGCUCGCAAACGGACAAGUCGCCGAACAUCGAGUGCGUCGUUUGCGGGGAUAAAAGCAGUGGAAAGCAUUACGGACAAUUCACCUGCGAGGGAUGCAAGAGCUUCUUCAAGAGGAGUGUCAGGAGGAACCUGACGUACUCGUGUCGGGGAACCAGAAACUGUCCCAUCGACCAGCAUCACAGAAAUCAGUGCCAGUUCUGCCGGCUGAAGAAGUGCUUGAAGAUGGGCAUGCGCCGGGAAGGUAUGCAUUCCGUUCAGAGAGGACGCGUGCCACCGUCGCAGCCAUCGCUGCCAGGUCUACCAGGACAAUUCGCUUUGACGAACGGUGACGCGGUCGCGUGCGCGAGCCUAAACGGGCACUCCUACCUCUCGUCCUACAUAAGCCUGCUCCUGCGCGCUGAACCAUAUCCAACAUCGAGAUACGGACAGUGCGUGCAACAAAGUAACAUCAUGGGAAUCGACAGUAUCUGCGAAUUAGCAGCGAGGCUUCUUUUUUCGGCGGUUGAAUGGGCAAGAAACAUACCGUUUUUCCCUGACCUUCAGGUGACCGAUCAGGUGGCACUGCUAAGGCUAGUCUGGAGCGAGUUAUUCGUACUUAAUGCGAGCCAAUGUUCUAUGCCGCUUCACGUGGCGCCACUUUUAGCAGCGGCGGGUCUUCACGCGUCGCCUAUGGCGGCGGAUCGCGUGGUAGCCUUCAUGGAUCACAUAAGGAUCUUCCAAGAACAAGUGGAGAAGCUGAAGGCCCUACACGUUGACUCCGCGGAGUACAGCUGCCUCAAGGCUAUCGUUCUCUUCACGACAGAUGCCUGCGGACUGUCCGACGUGGCUCACAUCGAAUCCCUUCAAGAGAAAUCCCAGUGUGCCCUCGAGGAGUAUUGUAGGACCCAAUAUCCGAAUCAACCAACGAGGUUCGGCAAACUCUUGUUACGAUUACCAUCGUUGAGGACUGUAUCCUCGCAGGUGAUCGAGCAAUUGUUCUUUGUCCGUUUGGUUGGCAAGACGCCGAUCGAGACACUCAUCAGAGAUAUGUUGCUCAGUGGUAGCAGCUUCAAUUGGCCUUACAUGUCCCCGAUGUGACACUCUGUUUGGCGGCAGCUAGCUUCCGCAUAAUAUCAUCAUCAUCGUCGCCAUCUUACCUCGACACUUAGCUCGGCGAUCAACGAGGAGGAAAUCGAAUCCUUCGAAUUUCUUUAAGAUCAUCAACGAGAUUUAUUCGAUCGUGGGUUGACCUUAUUCAGCAUCGUCGUCGAAUAGAAACGUGAGAAGUCGAAAGUUGCAGCUGAUGGAAGUCGACGAAGAAAGAAAAGAAAGAAGAAGAAGAAGAGAGAAAAAAAGAAGAAGAAAGAAAGAAGAAAAAAAAGAAGAAGAAGAAGAAGAAGAAGACAUCGGCGUAAAAGAAGAGGAAAGGAAGACGUAAUGAAGACGUUGUCGGAGAAGAAAAUCAGAGGCGCCAAGUUAGUGGCCCGACAGCAUCCAAGAACACCGUUAACACUCUCUUUCUCCCUCUCUCUCACAACACAUACACACAUACACACACAUAUAUACAUUUUUAAAUGAUCGAGUUAAGAAGAGAAUGAGAGAGGGAUAAAAGUCAAGCCUGGCCGUGAUACGUAUGACUGUACGGUGUAUAUCAUAGAAUUAAAGAGGAGAGAGAAAGAUAGAGAUAGAAAUAGAAAGAGAGAGAGAG